CCCGCCAAGAUGGUGGCCUUGUCGCUCAAAAUCUGUGUCCGCCAGUGCAACGUGGUGAAGACCAUGCAGUUUGAACCAUCCACGCCUGUGUAUGACGCUUGCAGGAUCAUCCGAGAACGGGUCCCUGAGGCCCAGACUGGACAAGCUUCAGAUUAUGGUCUCUUCCUGUCCGAUGAUGAUCCUAGGAAAGGGAUAUGGCUGGAGUCUGGUAGGACCUUGGAUUACUACAUGCUACGAAAUGGGGAUGUUUUGGAGUACAAGAAAAAACAGAGGCCCCAAAAGAUCAAAAUGCUGGACGGUGCUGUAAAAACCAUCAUGGUAGACGACUCAAAGACGGUUGGGGAGCUCCUCGUAACCAUAUGCAGCCGAAUUGGAAUCACCAACUAUGAGGAAUACUCACUCAUUCAGGAGGUGACGGAGGAUAAAAAGGAAGACGGGACGGGCACCCUGAAGAAAGACAGGACUCUGCUGCGAGACGAGAGGAAGAUGGAGAAGCUCAAAGCCAAACUCCACACAGAUGACGACUUGAACUGGUUGGAUCACAGCAGGACCUUCAGAGAGCAAGGAGUGGAGGAAAGCGAGACUCUGCUGCUUAGACGCAAGUUCUUUUACUCGGACCAGAACGUAGACUCGCGGGACCCCGUACAGCUGAACCUGCUCUACGUUCAGGCCAGAGAUGACAUACUGAACGGCUCCCACCCUGUCUCCUUUGAUAAAGCCUGCGAAUUCGCCGGUAUCCAGGCUCUGAUCCAGUUUGGACCCCAUGUGGAACACAAGCACAAGCCUGGGUUUCUGGACCUGAAGGAGUUCCUACCUAAAGAGUACAUCAAGCAGAGAGGCUCAGAGAAGAAAAUAUUCCAAGAACACAAGAACGCUGGAGAGAUGACUGAGAUUGAAGCAAAAGUGAAAUAUGUAAAACUUGCAAGGUCCCUUCAGACUUAUGGAGUGUCCUUCUUCCUGGUGAAGGAAAAGAUGAAGAGCAAAAAUAAACUGGUCCCCCGGCUGUUGGGAAUAACCAAAGAGUCGGUGAUGCGGGUGGAUGAGAAAACCAAGGAUGUGGUGCAGGAGUGGCCCCUGACCACAGUCAAGAGAUGGGCUGCCUCCCCCAAGAGUUUUACCCUGGAUUUUGGAGAGUACCAGGAGAGUUACUACUCCGUUCAGACAACGGAGGGAGAGCAGAUCUCUCAGCUGAUCGCCGGAUACAUCGACAUCAUCCUCAAAAAGAAGCAGAGCAAGGAUCGUUUCGGCCUUGAGGGAGACGAAGAAUCCACCAUGAUGGAGGAGUCGGUCUCCCCUAAGAAGUCCACAAUCCUGCAGCAGCAGUUCAACCGAGUGGGCCGUGUGGAGCAUGGCUCUGUAGCACUGCCAGGUAUCAUCCGCUCAGGGUCCAUCGGGGGCCCUGACACCUUUAAUGUGGGCACCAUGCCCUCUGCUCAGCAGCAGAUCACCACCGGGCAGAUGCACAGAGGACACAUGCCCCCACUGAGUUUGGCCCAGCAGGCGCUGAUGGGGACCAUUAACAGCAGUAUGCAGGCAGUGCAGCAGGCACAAACUGACCUGGGACAUGUAGAUAACCUGCCACCACUGGGGCAUGACCUGGCAUCCAGGGUUUGGGUUCAGAACAAAGUGGAUGAAUCCAAACAUGAAAUCCACUCUCAAGUUGACGCCAUCACCGCCGGUACGGCGUCUGUGGUCAAUCUCACUGCAGGUGAGCCCACAGAAACUGAUUACACAGCGGUGGGCUGUGCCAUCACCACCAUCUCAUCCAACCUCACGGAAAUGUCCAAGGGCGUAAAGCUGCUAGCGGCACUCAUGGAUGAUGAAGUGGGCAGCGGGCACAAGCUUAUGGGCGCUGCCAGGACACUGGCAGGGGCUGUGUCAGAGCUGCUUAGAUCUGUUGAGCCUGCAGCUGCAGAGCCCAGACAGACCGUGCUGACUGCAGCAGGAAGCAUCGGCCAGGCCAGCGGGGACCUGCUCCGUCACAUGGGGGAGGGCGAGACUGACGAGAGGUUCCAGGAUGUGCUGAUGAAUCUGGCCAAAGCAGUGGCCAACGCAGCUGCCAUGUUGGUCCUGAAGGCCAAGAACGUGGCCCAGGUGGCCGAGGACACGGUGCUGCAGAACCGAGUGAUCGCAGCUGCCACUCAGUGUGCCCUGUCCACGUCACAGCUGGUGGCCUGCACCAAGGUAGUGAGCCCCACCAUCAGCUCCCCAGUGUGUCAGGAGCAACUUGUGGAGGCAGGGAAACUGGUGGACCGCUCGGUGGAGACCUGCGUCAAGGCCUGUCGCUCAGCCUCCGACGAUGGCGAACUGCUCAAGCAAGUCGGGGCAGCUGCUGGUGUGGUGAGCCAGGCCCUCAAUGAUCUGCUGCAGCAUGUCCGCCAUUACGCCAGCUGCGGAGAGCCCAUCGGACGCUAUGACCAAGCCACUGACACAAUCAUGAACGUCACAGAGAACAUCUUUACCUCCAUGGGCGACGCCGGGGAGAUGGUGCGUCAGGCCAGAGUACUAGCCCAGGCCACCUCUGACUUGGUCAAUGCCAUGAGAUCUGAUGCGGAGGCAGAGGUGGAUGUCGACAACUCCAAAAAGCUGCUCGCUGCAGCCAAACUACUGGCUGAUGCCACAGCUAGGAUGGUGGAGGCUGCUAAGGGGGCAGCAGCCUACCCUGAGAACGAGGACCAGCAGCAGAGGCUGAGGGAGGCAGCUGAGGGGCUGCGUGUGGCCACGAACGCCGCAGCACAGAAUGCCAUAAAGAAGAAACUGGUGAACAGACUGGAGAUAGCUGCUAAGCAGGCAGCGGCUGCUGCUACUCAGACCAUCGCAGCUGCUCAGAACGCUGCAGCCUCCAACAAAAAUACCGCCUCCCACCAACAGCUAGUGCACAGCUGCAAGGCAGUGGCAGAUAGCAUCCCCCAGUUGGUCCAGGGUAUGAGGAGCAGCCAGGCCCAGCCUGAGGAGCUGGGUGCCCAGCUUGCCCUCAUCAUGGCUAGCCAAAGCUUCCUGCAGCCUGGCAGUAAAAUGGUAACAUCUGCAAAGUCAGCAGUUCCCACAGUGACUGAACAGGCUGCUGCAAUGCAACUGGGCCAGUGUGCCAAGAACCUGGCUACUUGUCUAGCAGAACUGAGGACUGCUGCCCAGAAGGCUCAUGAAGCCUGUGGUCCUCUGGAGAUCGACUCCGCUCUCAAAACUGUGCAGACUCUCAGGAGUGAGCUUCAAGAUGCCAAGACAUCUGUCAUCGAUGGCCAACUCAAACCUCUUCCUGGGGAAUCGUUGGAGAAGUGCGCCCAGGACCUGGGUAGCACAUCUAAGGCCGUGGGCUCUUCUAUGGCCCAACUGUUGACUUGCGCUGCACAGGGGAAUGAACAUUACACAGGUGUUGCUGCAAGAGAAACGGCACAGGCUUUGAGGACGUUGGCCCAGGCAGCCAGAGGCGUGGCAGCUAGCACCAAGGAGCCCCAGGCUGCCGCUGCAAUGCUGGACUCGGCCCAGUUCGUUAUGGAGGGUUCUGCUAUGCUGAUCCAUGAAGCCCACCAGGCCCUUGUUCACCCAGGAGAUGCUGAGAGUCAACAGAGACUGGCACAGGUGGCCAAAGCGGUGUCCCACUCCCUGAAUAAUUGUGUGAAUUGCCUGCCGGGCCAGAAGGAUGUCGACAUGGCUCUAAGGAGCAUCGGAGAAGCGAGCAAGAAGCUACUGGUGGACAUGCUUCCGCCCUGCAGUAAGUCAUUUCAGGAGGCCCAGACUGACCUGAACCACACAGCGGCUGAGCUCAACCACUCGGCAGGUGAGGUGGUCCACUCCUCACGUGGGACCAGCAGCCAGCUGGCAGUGGCCUCUGGCAAGUUCAGCCAAGAUUUUGAUGAGUUCCUGGAUGCUGGCAUUGAGAUGGCGGGCCACACUCAGAGCCAGGAGGACCAGAUCCAAGUAAUUGGUAAUCUGAAGAACAUCUCUAUGGCGUCCAGUAAGCUGCUGCUGGCUGCCAAGUCUCUGUCCGUGGAUCCUGGUGCAGCUAAUGCCAAGAAUCUUUUAGCCGUGGCAGCCAGAGCGGUGACAGAGAGCAUUAACCAGUUGAUCACGUUGUGCACCCAGCAAGCAGCCGGGCAGAAGGAGUGUGACAACGCCUUGAGAGAGUUGGAGGCUGUCAGAGGUUUGUUAGACAACCCGAACGAGCCUGUUAGCGAGCUCUCCUACUUUGACUGCAUCGAGAGUGUCAUGGAGAACUCAAAGGUCCUAGGGGAGUCCAUGGCGGGAAUUUCUCAGCACUGUAAGACAGGCGAUGUGUCAGCGUUCGGGGAGAGUGUGGGCGUAGCCUCCAAGGCCCUGUGUGGGCUGACAGAGGCUGGAGGACAGGCAUCUUAUCUCGUGGGUGUGUCUGAUCCAAAUAGCCAGUCGGGCCAUGAGGGACUGGUUGAUCCGAUCCAGUUUGCACGGGCCAACCAGGCUAUACAGAUGGCUUGCCAGAACCUAGUGGACCCAGCCAGCAGUCCCUCACAGGUCCUCUCUGCAGCAACAAUUGUAGCAAAGCACACUUCAGCCCUCUGUAAUGCGUGCCGCUUGGCUUCUUCCAAAACCUCCAACCCCGUGGCCAGGAGACAGUUUGUCCAGUCAGCUAAAGAGGUGGCCAACACUACAGCCAACCUUGUCAAAACCAUCAAGGCCUUAGAUGGAGAUUUUUCUGAGGAGAACAGACAUAGGUGCCGUAUUGCCACCACCCCACUGCUCGAGGCUGUAGAAAACCUAUCCACAUUUGCCAACAACCCUGAGUUUGCAAGUGUUCCUGCUCAGAUUAGCAAUGAGGGCUCAGCAGCUCAGGAGCCCAUUGUGCGUUCAGCCCGCUCGAUGCUGGAUAGCUCCACCCUCCUUCUAGAAACUGCCCGCUCACUGGUCCUCAACCCCAAAGACCCACCCAUGUGGUCCAUUUUGGCUGGCCACUCCCGAACGGUGUCAGACUCCAUCAAAAGCCUCAUCACCUCUAUCAGGGACAAGGCACCGGGGCAGAGGGAAUGUGACUACUCCAUUGACAACAUCAACAAGUGUAUCCGGGACAUCGAGCAAGCUUCGCUAGCGGCUGUUGGGCAGACCUUGCCCUGUAGAGAUGACAUCUCCAUGGAAGCUCUCCAGGAGCAGUUGACAUCCUCUGUACAGGAGAUUGGCCACCUGAUUGAUCCCAUCUCCACAGCCGCCCGAGGAGAAGCUGCCCAACUGGGACACAAGGUGACCCAGCUGGCGAGCUACUUUGAGCCCCUCAUUGUGGCAUCAGUAGGCCUGACCUCUAAACUCAGAGACCACCAGCAGCAGAUGACUAUCCUGGACCAGACCAAGACCCUGUCGGAGUCCUCCCUGCAGAUGUUAUAUGCUGCCAAAGAGGGAGGAGGAAACCCAAAGGCCACCCACACCCAUGAUGCCAUCUCUGAAGCUGCCCAGCUGAUGAAGGAGGCUGUGGAUGACAUAAUGGUGACUUUGAAUGAGGCAGCCAGUGAAGGGGGCAUGGUUGGGGGCAUGGUGGAGUCCAUCGCUGAAUCCAUGGGCAGGUUGGACGAGGGAACUCCUCCUGAGCCGGAGGGCUCGUUUGUCGACUACCAGACCACGAUGGUGAAGUUCUCCAAGGCCAUUGCCAUCACAGCACAAGAGAUGAUGACCAAGUCAGUGACCUGCCCAGAAGAACUUGGUGGCCUUGCCUCCCAGGUGACGGUGGACUAUGGACAGCUAGCACACCAGGGACGCCUGGCAGCUGCCACUGCAGAGCCGGAGGAGGUGGGCUUCCAGAUAAAGACGCGGGUGCAAGAGUUGGGCCAUGGCUGUAUCUACCUGGUCCAGAAGGCCGGAGCCCUGCAGGUCAGCCCUACGGACAGCUUUUCCAAGAGGGAGCUCAUCGAGUGUGCCCGCGCGGUCACGGAGAAGGUGUCCUUGGUGCUGUCAGCCCUGCAGGCAGGGAACAAAGGUACCCAAGCCUGCAUCACAGCAGCCAGCGCCGUUUCUGGCAUCAUCGCUGAUCUGGACACCACCAUCAUGUUUGCCUCAGCUGGAACGCUUAACCCCGAGAACGAGGAGUCCUUUGCCGACCACAGGGAGAAUAUCUUGAAAACGGCCAAGGCGCUGGUGGAAGACACCAAGCUGCUGGUGGCUGGUGCCGCAUCCAGCCAGGACAAGCUGGCCCAGGCCGCCCAGUCCUCGGCCAAAACCAUCACCCAGCUCACUGAGGUAGUCAAACUGGGAGCUACGAGUAUGGGUUCGGAGGACCCCGAGACGCAGGUAGUUCUGAUAAACGCCGUGCGGGACGUGGCUAAGGCUCUGGCCGAGCUCAUCGGUGCCACCAAGUGUGCUGCUGGCAAACCGGCCGACGACCCGUCCAUGUAUCAGCUGAAGAGCGCCGCCAAGGUCAUGGUCACCAAUGUGACGUCGCUACUGAAAACGGUGAAGGCAGUGGAGGACGAGGCCACACGCGGGACGAGGGCGCUGGAGGCCACCAUUGAGUGCAUCAAGCAGGAGUUGACAGUGUUCCAGUCCAGAGAGGUCCCCGACAAGUCCACCACGCCCGAGGAGUUCAUCCGCAUGACAAAGGGUAUCACCACAGCAACAGCCAAAGCGGUCGCUGCAGGCAACUCGGCUCAGCAGGAGGACAUCAUCGCCACUGCCAACCUGAGCCGAAAAGUCAUCUCCGAUAUGCUGACCACCUGCAAGCAAGCGGCGUGCCACCCGGAGGUGAGCGAGGAGGUGAGGAGCAAAGCCCUGCAGUAUGGCUCCGAGUGCACCGGCGGAUAUGUCGACCUGCUCGAGCAGGUGCUGCAGGUGCUCCAGAAGCCCACGUCGGAACAGAAGCAGCAGCUGGCCGUGCAUUCAAAGCGUGUGGCGGCGUGUGUGACGGAGCUCAUCCAGACAGCAGAGGCCAUGAAGGGUUCGGAAUGGGUGGACCCCGAAGACCCGACCGUCAUCGCUGAGACCGAGCUCCUCGGCGCUGCAGCGUCCAUCGAAGCGGCGGCAAAGAAAUUGGAGCAGCUGAAACCCAGAGCCAAGCCCAAGGCGGACGAGACGCUGGAUUUCGAGGAGCAGAUUCUCGAGGCGGCAAAGUCGAUCGCUGCAGCCACCAGUGCCCUGGUUAAGUCUGCCUCAGCGGCGCAGAGAGAACUGGUGGCACAAGGAAAGGUGGGAUCUAAUCUAGCCAACGCAGUGGAUGAUGGCCAGUGGUCACAGGGUCUCAUAUCAGCGGCUCGCAUGGUAGCAGCAGCCACCAGUAACCUGUGUGAGGCAGCCAACGCCUCAGUGCAGGGCCACGCCAGCGAGGAGAAGCUCAUCUCCUCAGCCAAACAGGUGGCGGCCUCUACGGCCCAGCUCCUAGUGGCCUGUAAGGUGAAGGCUGACCAGGACUCUGAGGCCAUGAGGAGACUGCAGGCUGCGGGCAAUGCGGUGAAACGCGCUUCCGACAACCUGGUGAAGGCAGCCCAGAAAGCGGCGUUUGACAAGGCCGAUGAUGACAGCGUCGUGGUGAAGACGAAAUUUGUCGGAGGCAUAGCUCAGAUCAUUGCUGCCCAGGAGGAGAUGCUGAGGAAGGAGCGGGAGCUCGAGGAAGCCAGGAAGAAGCUGGCCCAGAUCAGACAGCAGCAGUACAAGUUCCUGCCCAGCGAACUGAGGGAGGACGAGGGCUGACUGGCGGAGCGGGCAGCACGUCAGGGGCUCCUCUGACGGAAAGCACGCCGUUCUGGGGACGUGUGUUCGAGGCGUAACAGUCUGCUUCACUCUCCCGUAACCAAGGAAUCUACAGCACUUAAAAACAGGCCUGUUUGAUGAGUAAGAACAAGUGCCUGUGCUCUAUAUUGAGUGUGUGUAUGUGUAUGUAUGUGUGCGCGUGUGUGCUAUGUAUGUAUUUGUUAUAGAAUGCAAGUGACAUUCAGACUUCAUUACAGAGGAAGU